GUAUAAGUAUACAUAUAGUACUAGCUGGAUCUUUGGUUUCGCUUCGUGUUUUAUGGCUUUUAUUUAUCGUGUAAAUCGUGUAAAAUGGCGAGAUAAAAUUGUUAUUUAUCAUAAAUAUUUAUUAAAUUUUAUUGAUACGUUAUUUUAUUAUAAAAAACAAAUUACUAACACUAACAAGUGAAAUGGUGAUGACAAGUGAAUGGACUGAUGAUUAUUAAAUAAUAAUAAUAAUAGUAAUAAUAAUUGAGAGUUGAAAAAUAAUAAAAAAAGAGGAAUAUAAAAGUUAAAGAGAGGAGUUGAUAAUUGGUAUUUGUGUGUGUGUAGUACUAUGGCACAUUAUAAUUUUGUUACUGAUAAUGGUUUACCGAUUAUGAUUGAAGAUGGCCAGCAAUUGUGUACGGUUGAUGGUCAACGUUAUUUAGUAUUUCAAAACGUAAAUAAUGGUGUUAAUAAUGGUAAUCAAAAUAACGUGGUAACUUAUUCGACAUUUAAUGAAACUGAACCAACUGUUUAUUCACAUCAAGCACUUAUUGGAACACAAAGUUCUGCAGCAAUUGACAACGGCCAAAACGUAUAUAUUUUAGAAACUGGAGAAAUAGCUGUACAACCAAGUACAUUUAAAGCCGAACCCACGCCAACUUUAAUUUCAGUUGGAGACAAUAUACCGAAAAUCGUCAAGGGUACUCCUAAAGUAUCUGUAAAUAACCCGAAUGAAAAAAAAAAUAAUCAGUGGAUUGUGACAUCUAAUUGUAGCAAAACCCCAUCUCUUACGAUGAAUAAUCAAACACAAAAAAAUGCUGCUGCAUUGGCUCAUCUGGAACAAGGAAGAAUGCCAAAGCCAAGAAGUAGAUUUCCAUCUCCAGCUGCAUCGAUAUCAGGAUCAGAUACAAUAAAUAUAAGUCAAAACAUAUUAGCGUCAUCGACACCACGGCAUCCAUCAACUCAAACAUUACGGCUAACAAAUAUUGCCCCAAAUGCAGUUGUUGGUCCACCAAAACCAACAGCUCGCCCACCAAUACGUGGUGACAACAUGCUGCCACGCCGAGGAGGCUUACCAAGAGCUGGUACUCCACGUCAUUCAACUCCAGUACGUCAGUACAUGGAUUGUUUAAGCGAGAGAAUAAAAAGUGCACGAAUUCCACGUAUGCCACAGCCUCAUCCGCAUCAACAACAGCAGCAGCAACAACAGCAGCUUCGACAAUUACAGCAAAAGCAACUACAACAACAACAACAGCAACAGCAACACCAUCAACAACAACAACCACAACAACAACAGCAACAGCAACACCAGACUAUAUCAUCUCAACAAUUUAUGACUAUCAAUAACUCUAUCAAACGGCCAGUAAUGACUCAAGCUAGGCCACGUUUACCAAUGACUCCAACAAAACAAGUGACUCAACACCAAAGACCUUUACCUCAAUGUCCAUCAACUCCAGACUCAAGUCCUGAAAAAAUGGAACUGAGUUGUCCUAAUACACCUGAAAGAUCAGGAGACACAUUCACUGAACAAAUAUCACCGGGUGACAGUGACACUGGUUCUGAAAGUUUUGUUUAUUUACAAAGAACGAUAAAAGAUCCAGCUACAGCUAUUGUUCAGCAACAAGUUACUGGUAGUACUGUUAAAAUGUUGGUUGUAUUGGCUAGUGGAGAGCAACGAUUAAUAACAUUUGAUAUACCCGCUGAAGAGUGUACAGUACAAGAUCUUCUUGAACAAAUAAACAUUCCAUUUAAUGGUCAAACAAUAGUAUCAUUGGUUACCGAUGCCGCCUUAAAUAUAAAUUAUAUUGUUGAAAGUGAAGCUGGUGUUAUUCACACAAUGCAUGAUACUUCAGAUCCUUCAGAAUCACAGUCUGAAAAUCUUCAAUCAAAUAUUCAGGUGUCUGAUGAUAAUAGUAAUUCAAACCAACAAGAAGAACCAAAAUAUAUUGAAGGUAAAAGUACAUUAUGCCCUUACUGUGGUACCUAUUCAUUUGAUUUUAAUCGAUGUUACAAAUGUAAAAAAUCAUUACCAAAUGAUUCACGUCCAAUAGCAAUGGCACAAGCACCAAGUCAACGUAAAAAAGAAGUGGUUGCUGUUGAAAAUUUUUAUAAAAAAAGAAAUGAAAUUAAUAAAUUUGACCGUGGUGAUUUAGUACCACGUAAACGUGGAAGACCACCUCGUGGACCAACAAUACCAACUGGAACAAUAAUAAAUAAAAUAAAACAAAUAAAAGAACCAGAGUGUUUGACGCUUUCCUCGGAUGAUGAUGAUGAUGAUGAAGAUGGUAAUGGUUCACGUAAAAAAACAACAGCUCAACAUAGUAAAUCAUCAGUUGCUAAUUCAAACACUAGUAGUAUUAGUACGACAAAUGAUGAAAUUGAUUUAAUAUCUGAAAAAGAACCAGUAAUUACAAAUAAUCAAAUUCAAGUUCAAUUUCAAAUUCCACUUCAGGAACAAGAUCAAGGUCAACAAUUAUUACAAAAUAAUUCGGAAUUUAGUUUACGUGAUGACAAAAAUAAUGGUGAAAGUUUAAUGGAUGAAGAAAAUAAUUUACAAAAUAAAAUUGAAACUUCAUUUAUAUGUCGUACUGUAAGAAUAGGUUCAUAUAAAUAUGUACCACGUGAAAAAAUAAUUUUAAAUAAGCAUGGCUUAAAAUUAGUAGUACCACUUCUUGAGGAUCAGAAUCAAUGUGUUACAAUAAAUGUUAAAAUAAAUGAAAUUGUUAAAGUAUUGAUACAUUUUGGUAAAGCAAUGCCGGUAUUAUUUUUUUACACUAGUCCAAAUUGUGGAGCAAAUAUACGUGAGCUAUUGGGUAUGCAAGAUUCAAAAGGUCCAUAUUAUGAUCCUGCUGGUAAAGAUCAAACACACAAGAGAAUAACACUAUUACCUGAAAAAAUAUCUGAGGAGGCUAAAAAUAUUUGUAAAUUUAUUUUUCCAUUGGGAUCUAAAAUGGAGGAUUUAAAUGGCAAGGAAGCAAAUGAUAUUCUUGUACGUGCAUCACCAAAAGACAACUCACAGAUGCAAUUAAUGAUUAAAAAACAAGCAGCAACAGCAGGAUUAUCAUCCUCAUCGUCCUCAACAGCAGCAAAUAAUAGUAAUAUUGUAAAUGGUCGUCCUAAUGAUCGUGUUGUUCAAAAAUUAACUGUUUAUCCACCACCACCAGCUAAAAGUGGAAUAGCAAUUAAUACUGAAGAUUAUUCUUGUCUUGGUGAAGAUCAAUUUUUAAAUGACGUUAUAAUAGACUUUUAUUUGAAAUAUUUAACACUUGAAGUACUGUCAGAAGAGGAUCAAAAUCGUACCCAUGUAUUUAGUUCAUAUUUUUAUAAACGUUUAACAAGUCGUCAUGCUCAAUCAGCAGAUAAUACUAAUUCUGUAUCACCAGCAGCAAAACGUCAUGCUCGUGUACAAAAAUGGACUAAAAAUGUUAAUAUUUUUGAAAAAGAUUUUGUAAUAAUUCCAAUAAAUGAGCAUGCUCAUUGGUUUUUGGCAAUUAUUUGUUAUCCAGGACUUGUUGGUACCAUUUUACCUUCACAUGUAACAACUAAAGAUUCUGAUACUAAAAAAUUAAAAAAAAAUAAAGAACUUAAAGUUCAGACAUUAACUAUUGGAAGUACAACAAUAACACCUGUUGCUACAACAACAACAAUAACAAUUGAUCAAGCUGAUGAAGAUUCAGAAAGAGAUGAAGCUGAGGGAGAUGAAGAUGAAUUAGAUAUGGACAGUGAGGACGAUGAGGAAUCAAGUGACGCUGCUGAGGGCGAGUCUGCUUACUCUGUUUCUAUAACUCCUGUUGAAAAACCAACACCACCAGUUGUUUCAUCCGAACAUGACGAAGAGCCAUUUAGAUCGCCCUGUAUUUUAAUUUUUGAUUCACUCAAGGGUGCAAGUCGUUCUCGUGUCGUUGCAACCCUGCGUGAUUACUUGAGUUGCGAGUAUCAAGCUAAACUUGGUAAAGAAAAAGUAUUUUCUAAAGAUACCAUAAAAGGAGCAUGUCCAAAAGUACCACAACAAUCAAAUUUUACCGACUGUGGACUUUAUUUAUUACAAUAUGUUGAAAGUUUCUUCAAGGACCCAAUAAAGGAUUACACAAUACCAAUAAAAACUCUUAAAAAUUGGUUUGAAGAGAUAGUAGUAACGAGAAAACGUGAAGAAUUAUCAAAUCUUUUAAUAAAAUUAAUGAAUGACACUAAAGGUGACAAAAAUAUUAUUUUACCGAGUGUUCAAUUUCCAACGCAAGACGGCAAACUAAAACCCAAGUCUGAAAAUUCGGAAAAAUCUGAUCUUAAAACUCCCAAGACCGAGAGUGAGGCUAAAAGAAAUAAAGUUGAAGAUGAACAAUCAUCAAGCAAUAUAAAUAAUAACAAUCAACAACAACACCAACAGCAGCAGCAGCAGCAUCAACAAUCCCAAAAUGAUUCACAAGAAUUAACAUCUCGUGCUGGUAAAACACUUUUUACACUUGUACCAUAUUCAUCGGCUUCAAGUACCAGCUCCGGAGAACUUAGUUCUGUUGAAAUGCUUCUUGAUAUUAAAUCCAAAUCAACGCCAAAUACAAACACGGCUAUAUUAAGAAGUAAACGUAUUCCAAGGUUAAUGCUAAAAGAACCAGACACACAAGAUACAGCAGCAAUCACACCACCAAUUCCUGUUAAAAAGCACAAGGGUGAUUCUUUGGAUUCUUGUAAAUAAUAUUAAAUAUUAAAUGACAUUAUUAUUUGUUUUUCUUUACCUUUUUUAUAUUGUCAAUGUCAAGUGAGUUACUUUUAAGCUAUAAUUCGUCAUCAAUAAAAUAAUA